CAGUGCAUGUGUGCUAUGUGAUACUGCUGUGUACCUACCUGUGUGUGUGUGAGUGUGUGUGUGAUAGCCCCAGGUCCUGUUCCAGAGCAGCGAUCACACACAGAGGCACAGUGACAGCGACUAACAACUAGCGAAGCAUUCAGAGCUUCUGACAGGAUGUAAGAUUUUGUGAAUUUUCUGUGGUCUCGGCUCGCUCAGCCUCAGCGGGUGAGAAUGGAGAUCAGAAUAGAGUGACACUCUGAAGUUGGACCUGUUUUUUUUUUAGCGACUGCUUUGCUGAAUAAUUGAUCCCUCGGCCUGUGACUGGUUGAAAAUGAGGAAGGCAGCGCUGAUGGUUUGGAUCAGCCUUUUGGUGCAAGUGUCCCAUGGUGCUCAGGGUCAUUAUGCCCGCAAACUUCUGAAUGACCUGAUGGAGGACUAUUCUGAUGCUUUGAGACCUGUAGAGGACACAGACAAAGCCCUUAAUGUCUCUCUGCAGGUCACAUUGUCACAGAUCAAAGAUAUGGAUGAGAGGAACCAGGUGCUAACCACGUACCUGUGGAUUAGACUGGUCUGGUAUGAUGCCUACUUGAAGUGGGACAAGGAGGAGUAUGACAACCUUGAGAUGAUCAACAUCCCCAGUGACAGGGUUUGGAAGCCGGACAUCGUCCUCUACAACAAAGCAGAUGAGGAGUCCGCAGGUGCAUCCAGCACUAAUGUGAAGCUGCGUUAUAAUGGAGAGAUCGUCUGGGACUCUCCAGCAAUCACAAAGAGCACAUGUGUGGUGGACGUCUCCUACUUCCCCUUUGACUGGCAGUCGUGCAACCUUACCUUCGGCUCCUGGACCUACAACGGCAACCAGGUGGACAUAAGUUUGGGCAUGGACAGCGGUGACCUGUCUGACUUUGUGGACAACGUGGAGUGGGAGUGUCAUGGCAUGCCGGCAGUUAGAAACGUCAUGAUGUAUGGCUGCUGCUCCGACCCGUACACCGAAAUCACUUAUACCCUUCUCCUGAAGCGCCGCUCCUCUUUCUACAUCUUCAACUUGCUCCUGCCCUGCUUCCUCAUCUCGUUCUUGGCACCGCUGGGCUUCUACCUGCCGGCCGACUCAGGGGAGAAGGUUUCCCUCGGGGUCACGGUGCUGCUGGCGCUCACUGUCUUCCAGUUGUUGGUGGCUGAGAGCAUGCCACCUGCAGAGAGCAUGCCCUAUAUAGGGAAGUACUACAUAGCCACCAUGACUAUGAUCACAGCCUCCACCUCUCUCACCAUCUUCAUCAUGAACAUUCAUUUCUGUGGUGCUGAGGCCAAGCCGGUCCCUCACUGGGCUAAGGUGCUCAUCAUAGACUACAUGUCCAAAAUUUUCUUCGUCUACGAGGUGGGGGAGAACUGCACUACGGCGGAGAGUACGAGGAUGCCGCUGUACUCUGAGGACCCCAUAAGUGAUAAGAGCGGCUACCUUGAUGACCGUUUCCCCGACUACCACCAUGACAGUGACCCGUACAAGUACAGCAAUGGCCACGGCUUGCAUCAUCACAACAAGCAUCACAAAAGCCAGGCAAACGGCAACGCCAGCAGCACCAGUCACCAUUACAACAACCACGCCAACCACGCUUCCAGACUGGAGCGGGGGGAGGGAAAGCAAGAGCCCACACAGCGCCACCACCACAUCAGGAAGGAUGAACUAAACUACCAGGCCCCUCCUCAUCCACCAAACCUCCAGCACCUGAAUGGAGGGCUGAAAGAGCAGCUCCUCUAUUCCACAGAGAAGCUUCAAGUCCCAUCCUGCCCCUGCUGCUGCCCCUGCCUCCAACAUAAACAGGUGGUGAAGAACAUCCAGUUCAUCGCCAACUGCUUCCGUGAGCAGAGAGCCAAUUGCGUCAAGGCAGCAGAGUGGAAAAAGGUCGCCAAGGUGAUGGAUAGGUUUUUCAUGUGGAUCUUCUUUGUGAUGGUCUUCCUCAUGAGCAUCCUCAUCAUCGCCAAGGCAUCCUGACAUCCUCCCCAUCAUCUUUUUACCAUGAGGUCUUUGCUGGACCUCAGUGUUACUCAAGUCGCCUCAUUUUUAUUUUAAUGCAACACCAGAUAAAUCAAAACUCUUUUGUCUACAAAGAAAUAGUAUUUGAUAUGUCAGUAUUGUGUUUUGUGUGUGUGGCUGUGUAGGUUCAUUGUUGUUUUUUUGCUUUGACAUAAAGAGGACAGAGGUCACUGCACCCAAAACAUCCGUUUAACCACACAAGCACACAAACAGCAAAAUUCAUCAAAGGCUAUCAGUUAGCUAACAUCAGGUGCGCUCACAUGUGUGACAGAGCAGUGGAGCGGUAAGACAAUCUAGGCCUCCACUUGAACAUGCUCUCCAUUAUUGAUGAGCGAACAGCCAGACAUCCAGCUAUAGGCAUUACAUUACUUACAUUGCGUUUUAGGCAACCAGAUGAUGCUUGACAAACUUAGUAAGCAUCCUUUCGGAAAUUUCCUUUGUUUGUUUCUGUGGCAGCUGUCAGACAAAAUACAACCACAAGAAAGACAUUGAACUGCAGAGUCAUCACCAACAAUCAAGAAUUAAAUAGAGCAUUAUCUCAUGUCCUUUCUUAUACUGAUCAUCAUGGAAAAGCGUGCACGAUAAAGACAUUAAAGUCAUGUGAAAAUGAAGUGUUUUCCUAGUCUAGAUGUUAAAAAAAUGGUUUACAUAACUUGUGAAUACUUGAAUGUCUGACUGGGAGAGAAAAACGGCAAAUGUUUACCUUUCUUACUGUACAAAGACCCUCACUUUUUAACCAUUAACCUUAAAGCCUACCUCCAGAGCAUAAACAGUAGAUUGACUGUACCUUUUGACUAACUUACGCUCAUUGGACCAGUAAAAAAAUAAACCUUUGAUAUCUUGUUAUUAAAUAUGGUUUUACUCACUGUACCAGAAGUUUGUGUUAUGAUACAAAUCUAAUCUGUUAUACACGAUGUACGUUUACAUUUUGCAAAACUGUCCAUUUCUGAUUUGUUAAAGUCUCUUCAUUGCCUAA